AUCCGGGAAGAUUCCUCUAUUUAUUUCCCCUUCUUCAAGUUCCACAGAUCACAGAGAAGACGAGAAAAUAAGAGAAGAGAAGAGAAAAACACUACGAGAUGUCCACCAUUUCCAUUGAGCCUCUCCUUCGAUAUUCCAGGAGGGAAACGCCUCUAUGCCGUUGCAGAACGAAGAUGCUCAUGCCUUUCUCUUUGAAUUUUUCUCCAAAGCUUCUCUUCAAUGGCGCCACCACCAGCUUCUGCAACUUCAAGCCUCAGCAUUUCCUCACUAUCCAAGCUAGCUCCACUGACUCCGCUCUUCUUGAAACUUUUAAAUCCACCGAUGUCUUCUUCAAGGAGAUAUUUCCUCUCACGCGAACUCAAACGGUUGAGGGAAAGAUUUUCAUAAGAUUAGAUAAGGGCGAGAAUCAACAGCGUUGGCAGCUUAGUGUAGGGUGUAGUCUUCCAGGGAAAUGGAUUCUUCACUGGGGAGUUUCAUAUGUGGACGAUGUUGGCAGCGAAUGGGAUCAACCUCCUAAGAAUAUGAGACCCCCAGGUUCUGUUCCUAUAAAGGACUAUGCAAUAGAGACACCAUUAAAGAAAUCAUCAGAGGAAGAAAUAUUUCAUGAAGUGAAGAUUAACUUCGAUCCCAAAAGUUCAAUUGCAGCCAUAAACUUUGUCUUGAAGGAUGAAGAAACUGGAGCUUGGUACCAACACAGGGGGAGAGAUUUUAAAGUACCUCUCGUGGACUAUCUUCUCAAUGAUAGCAAUGUAGUUGGAGCAAAGAGAGGUUUCAAUAUAUGGCCAGGGGCUUUCCUUCGUAAAAUGCUUCUCAAAGCAAAAGAAUUGCCUUCUAAAGAUCAAGAGAGUAGUAGUGGAUCCAAAGAUGUGAAACAAGAAAGUAGGCAGGUAGAAGGGUUCUAUGAAGAGCAACCUAUUACAAAACAAGUUGUAAUUCAAAACUUGAUCACUGUUUCAGUUACAAAAUGCCCUAAGACAGCUAAGAAUCUUCUCUACUUGGAAACUGAUAUAUCUGGAGAAGUUGUUCUUCACUGGGGAGUUUGCAGAAAUGAUGCUAAAAAUUGGGAAAUUCCAGCUGGUCCAUAUCCUUCAGAAACAACUGUAUUCAAGGACAAGGCUUUGCGGACGCUAUUGCAGCCGACAGAUGGUGGAAAUGGAUGCUCGGGGUUGUUUACUAUAGAUCAAGAAUUUGUUGGCUUUCUUUUUGUUCUCAAGUUAAAUGAGAAAACUUGGUUGAAAUGCAAGGAAAAUGAUUUCCAUAUACCCCUCUCAAGUUCAAGCAGCAUGCAUGCUCAACCUGGACAGGGACAAUAUGAAGGUCAACUAGUAUCUGAAAAGACUUUGGAGGAAAAUCAAGCAGUUCCUCGAACCCCUCAUUCUAAGGGGAUAAUUAAUGAAAUGAGGAACUUAGUAAGUGACAUUUCCUCUAGUCGGAAGACAAAAACAAAAGAAGCACAAGAAGGCAUUCUUCAUGAAAUUGAGAAAUUGGCUGCUGAAGCCUACAGUAUGUUCAGAAGCUCCAUCCCGACUUUAACUUUAACUGAGAAAGCUGUUUCAGAAUCUGAGCCACCAGAGACUCCUAAAAUUUGUUCGGGGACAGGCACAGGGUUUGAAAUAUUGUUCCAAGGCUUUAACUGGGAAUCUCAUAAAUCUGGAAGAUGGUAUAUGGAACUCAAAGAAAAAGUUCUGGAAAUAUCUUCCCUUGGAUUUACCGUCAUUUGGUUGCCCCCACCAACAGAAUCUGUGUCACCUGAAGGAUACAUGCCAAAGGAUUUAUAUAAUUUGAAUUCCAGAUAUGGAAGUAUUGAUGAGCUUAAGGAUCUUGUGAAGAGUCUCCAUGAAGUGGGUCUUAAAGUUCUUGGAGAUGCUGUCUUGAACCAUCGCUGUGCACACUUUCAGAAUCAAAAUGGUGUAUGGAAUAUAUUUGGAGGUCGUUUAAAUUGGGAUGAUCAAGCCGUUGUUGCAGAUGAUCCACAUUUUCAGGGCAGGGGCAACAAGAGCAGUGGAGAUAAUUUUCAUGCUGCUCCCAACAUUGAUCAUUCUCAAGAUUUUGUGAGGAAAGAUCUCAAAGAAUGGUUAUGCUGGCUAAGAGAUGAAAUUGGAUAUGAUGGAUGGAGGCUUGAUUUUGUCAAAGGAUUUUGGGGUGGUUAUGUCAAGGACUACAUGGAUACAACUGAACCUUAUUUUGCUGUUGGUGAGUACUGGGAUUCUCUCAGUUACACAUAUGGUGAAACGGAUCACAGUCAAGAUGCACAUCGGCAGAGAAUUAUUGACUGGAUCAAUGCUACCAAUGGAACUGCUGGUGCAUUUGAUGUCACCACAAAAGGGAUUCUUCAUGCAGCGUUGGGGAAGUGCGAGUAUUGGCGGUUAUCAGAUCACAAAGGAAAGCCUCCUGGAGUUAUGGGAUGGUGGCCAUCUCGUGCUGUUACCUUCAUAGAGAAUCAUGAUACUGGUUCUACUCAGGGUCAUUGGAGAUUUCCUAGUGGAAAGGAAAUGCAAGGGUAUGCUUACAUCUUGACUCAUCCAGGAACGCCAACUGUUUUCUAUGACCACAUCUUCUCUCAUUACCAUUUUGAAAUUGCAUCUCUAAUCGCUCUUAGAAACCGGAAGAAAAUCCACUGCCGGAGUACAGUUAAAAUUACCGAGGCAGAAAGGGAUGUAUAUGCAGCCAUAAUUGAUGAGAAAGUGGCAAUGAAAAUCGGGCCAGGUCAUUAUGAACCCCAAAGUGGGUCUCGAAGGUGGUCUUUGGCUAUUGAGGGAAACGAUUACAAGGUCUGGGAAGCAUCUUAAUGAAGCUGCAUUCAAAUAAUUUAAAAGCGUCCGACAGUAAAUUAAAUCAACCAUUCUCUAUUUAUCAAACGAGUAGCAAGACUUGGGAACGGGAUGACCUACUUGUUAUAAUUGUUUGCUUGUUGGGUUAUUCCAUUCUUGACCUGAAAUCUGGUUAUUAAAGAGCAACUUGACUGAGGAAAAGGCUGCAUUACUUGAUCUCCAGAACAGGCAUCAUUAUACAUUGUGGUAAAUAUGUUUUCAGUUGUAAUUCUGAUGCAUUUGUGAAAUAUUUCACAUUGUUGUAACUUUUCAAAUGGUUGAGGCUACCAUUAAUUGUACCUUUGCGCUGUUCUUGCAGAAUUUCUAUGAUAAAUCAUUGAUGGCAAAGAUGUUUGAUUGAUUA